ACACCUAUUACUUAUCUCUCAAGCAACCUUGUUAAGUUCAUAUAAAUAGCUUUGCAUACGAACUCAGUCUUUCGGGUUUAUUCUUCUUGUCUUCGUUAUCAAGUAGGAUUUCGAAUUGUUGCUUCUUGUGUUUGUUUAUCUCGGCUUUUGAAACAAGUCUUUUCAAGAAUUGAGGAUCAAAGCUUCGUGAUUGAAUACAAGUCGUUUUGAUAGUAGCGGUUAGUUCUUGUUAGGAUUGUGUAGACAAAGCACUCUUGUCUCGUUUUCCUCUCUGUCAGUCGCUUAGGGUUUACGGAAGUUUUAGCCUCUGCUCUAGAGCUCUCUAUCUAUCAAACACAAUGAAGAAAAGGUGUGGUCAAAGUAUGGACAGGAUCAGUCAGGUGCCAGAUGCUGUGCUUGCGAAGAUCUUGUCUUCACUUCCAACAACAAAAGGUGUCGUAGCCACAGCUGUUUUGUCUAAACAAUGGCGGUUUCUUUGGAAGAUGGUGCCCAAGCUCACGUUUAGGUACAACGGUGGCAAUGAUAUUCAUGGGUUUUCAGAUAGUGUUCGGAGGACUAUGCUUUCACUCGAAGCUCUGUAUCUACAGAGUUUGCAUCUUGAUGUUUCACUUGGCGAAGAUGAUCGUAUGGAUGGUUUUGGAGAGUUAGUUGGAAUCGCAUGUGGACUCCACGUGCGUGAGUUGGUACUCGAACUCUCUCGCCCAGGUUUAAACAGAUAUCCUAUCAUCUUGGAUAACUGUCAGUCUCUGGAAACCUUGAAACUUCGUGGUUCCAUUGCUCUGGAGGUCCCUUCUCCAGUUUCUCUAACUUCUCUCAGAACUCUGCACCUUGAAGAUGUGUUCUACGACAGUGAGUCUGUUGUGAACCUUUUGAGUGGCUGUGUUCGUCUUGAAAAUUUGUUUGUUACUCGAAAUAGCGAUAAUGGUGUGGAGACUUUCACUGUAAUGAAUUGAGUUUGUUGUUGUUGUUACAUUGUUUAUGGGAUUAUUACUAAUACUACCGCCUAAUUGCAUAUAUUAAGGU